UCAUGGGUGCAUGUAUUGGGAGUGGGGAAUGAGAGUGCUGCUAAAAGCCGAUUGUACAGAUCUCCGUCUAUGUCCUCUGCUGGCUCCUCACCUCCCAGAUCUUCGCACCAGCUACAGCAGACCCCACCAGGAACGCAGGGACAGGAGGACCUCUCAUCACACCUCUGGCUGGGAACUUCUGCAAAGAUGCAGAGACAGACUCGUUUGCCUGCUGGGCACAGAGUGCCUCUCCUGCCAUCUUCCUCCUGGCUGCCCCUUGCACUGGCACUGGGGACCCAGGUGCUGUGCCUGCUUUUGCUGAUAGGAGCCAGAGUCUACGAUGCCAUGGUCACUGACUGGUCCAGAGAGCACAAAAACCUCACUGAGCAUCUGGAAUACCUCAGCCAGCAGCUGAUGACCUGCCAACCCCAAAGCUCAGGCUGUCCAGACAUGCCUCAGGAUCUGCCUCCUCACCAAGGGGAGCAAUGUCCAUCACGGUGGAGUCGCAUGGAGGACAAGUCCUACCUCUUUUCUCCUGAAAAAAGAACUUGGGCACAGUGCAAAUCCUCCUGCAUUCCUCAGGCUGCCGAGCUGCUCGUGGUUGAGAAUUGGGAGGAACGGAAUUUCAUAAAUCAUGAGUUGUUUCAAUACUAUGAAGAACGCAACAGAGCUGUAUAUUAUCACCGAUUCUGGAUUGGAUUGUCCUACAACUCUGAAACUAGGAAAUGGGUCUGGGUGAAUGGCUCUGAGCUCUCCUCUGCCUUGUUUGAUCUCCCAGACCUCAGUCAUGCAAGUUAUGAGGGUGGAGCUUGUGUGUAUGUCCAAGGUGGGGCAGCUAAGCCUGGAGACUGUGAACUAACUCAGUUCUGCAUUUGUGAGAAGAGGAGGGAAUUGUCAGGAGAAAAGAGACUGGAUUAA